GAGGGAAUUGACAAAGUAACUCAUAACCCAUAUGCCAUUGAGUUGGGCUCUUUGCUACGUCAACAAGUGUAUCCAACCAGAUUGUUCAUCGCCCUUCGGCCCGUAGCCUAAACUAGCUUGUCUUGUAAACUGACAACUUGGAUUCGAGCCUGCGUAGGGGAAGGGCGACCUUCGCCGUAUCCUUAGCCGACUUGCAACUUUUGGUAGUUGCGGCAACGAAGCAUCGCAACGAAACUGGACCUUAACGUAGUGCGACCGUUUGCGUACCUCAUUGACCCAUUGAGCUAUACUGGGUGAUGCGUCUUAGCCCCUUGGGAGCUACUCCUACUAGGUUGGUCAAUGGUUAGUCAAACAAACUCGCUCUCCUGGUCCUUCCGUUUGUGCUUUCGAAAUGGGAUGGCGUUUAUCACUGUAAAACUAAAUAAUUGUCACCUCCCCGAUGCCUUGCGGACAGGCUCUUGAGCAAAAGCCUUUUGUUAAGGACCCCAGUCGUCUCCCUCUCUAGGUUUGGGCGCCCGGGCAGUAUUUCAGCCCACAUAUAACCAUGACUUUUUCUUCAAACUCCGGUUACAUUCUCAUCGGCUGUCGCGCAGCUUAUCAAAGGUCGCCUUAUCUGCUGCAUACAUCAGGUGGGAUGAGCGAAAACUUGCUGCUGCAGGCACAUCCUUUACCACCUAUUUCUCUUAUUCCCAUCCCGAUCCCCAUUACUAUGAUUCCGAGCUUAAUUGACAGCAACCGGACUGCCUCUGGAGUGGAACCAUCUGCAGUCACUUUCCUGCAACACCCACUGGACGUCUGUCGGCGACAGUCCCUUAUAAGGCCACGCUGUCCCAUUUCCUUGGCGGCGUUCAACGUUCACACAAACAAAUCGGUCAAAAGCCUGCACUCGCACGCACGUUAGACACACUGAGUAUUGACCUGUGUUGUGUGUCCGAAUCUAGGAUCAAUGACUCUCAAUGUGUUGUUGCAUUAACUGCGCCCGGCUCGUCCUCUCUCUGUUAGUUGCACGCAUCCAUAGACGCUGAUGCAACACUCACUGGUCAAGCUGGGGUAAGUAUCAUUCUUAGCUCCAAGGCUGAGUCAUUUUUGGUUGAUUGGAUUCCGAUGAAUAGCCGUUUGCGUGCGGCCCGUUUGACGACAUUAUCUAAGGUUGAUUCACGAAGUAUUACAAGACGUUGUUUGUUUGUGAUUUCCGCUUAUGCUCCCACCGACUGCAGUUCUGAUGCUACUAAGAACACAUUCUAUCACGAACUGAACACGCUACUGCGCAAUGCUACUAGUUCAGAUAUUAUAGUACUUGCUGGGGAUACGAACGCACAAGUAGGACGUCUGAGCUCCUCUGAAGCUUAGCUAGGUGGUAAUUAUGGGCUUGACUCCGAACGGACUGAUACCAGAAAGCGUCUGUUGCAACUAUGCGGAGCACCAGUUGUUUCUCAGUGACAUUGUUUUAGACACAUUGGGCGCCGAAGUGCCACUUGACGUCCUCCUGCAGCUGGCCAGCGAUGAACCCAAAUUGACCACAAUGCCAUAAGUUACAGGUGGCGUGGUUCCAUCCUGGAUUUCCACUCGUUCUGAAUUCUCUGUCAGGCAAUCCUAUCAAGACGCACUGCAUACGGAACAUUCGCUCUUUUGUUCUAAUGACACUGACCAUGUCGGUUGGUCGUGGGAUGCGACAAGCUAAAGCACCCUAAGUUUUAUGUAUCCAGAUGGGUACAUUUUCAGCACUUUAGGUUCGGGUGAUGUCAGGACAACUGACGCUGCUGAAAAUUGGUGGAACUAUUUCGAACGUCACACGAAUCAUUGCUGAACGAUAAAGGCGAGGUGAAGUUGUUUUUAGGCAGUCGAUGGUGACAGUUUCGCGUCGACCACCUCGUUAACUAUGAUAGGUUCGGUGUUCGGCCAUUGCAGAGGCUAUCACACGCCGUCUACGCGAAGCAGUACCAGUGAGCAUGUUGGGAAGGUGAAUUUAAGCGGACCUGUCACCACCAUGCGCGCGAGCUGUACUCUCAAGUCUACAUGGAAAUCAAUAAGAAAACACAGGCACAGCAGCAUUAGGAAGGAUAAGGGAUUACGAAGUGACUUUUUCAAACGUAAAGCGGAUCAGGAGCACGAGAAACGCGUGCGGGAAAUCGGACGGAAGUUGCAAGAAGCCAGGGCAGCGCGCAAACGAGCAAAACGCCUUCGUGAAGAGGAAAAUCGGAAACGGAGGCUAGAGAAUGAGAAACGAGCAGAGGUGGUUGUUCCAAUAACAAACAUAUCAAAGGUAAAACGAAUGAAGAAGUCUCAAUUGAAAACAAUUGCCAAACGGUAGUGAUCUGUUUUGCUCCAAUACAUCCUGUAAUCAUAAA